GUGCUUUCCUUGAGUGCCUGAUGCGGUCUGUAAAUCACAUGGUGUGACAUGUUGCUGUGGACGUACGUGGUGCUUUUAUGCACUGUUUUAGCAGUCGUUGUGGGGCAAGCGUGCAAAUAUGAAGUGUAUAAAUGUGGAGCCCGGGCUUCAGGAGACAUACAGAUAGGGAUGCUUAGUUCCUGUUUUGCUAAAGUGGAGAAUCUAUAUUCUCGAGAAGCUCCGGAUAUUUACAACUGCUCAGAUUUCAAUCAUGUAUCAUUUGUACGGAUGCUUGCUUUUAUCUACACCAUUGAAACCAUUAAUAACUCCAGCUUCCUUCCUGGAGUGCGACUUGGGUAUCACAUCUGUGACACUUGCUGUCAUGCUUCAAAAGCCUUACAGAGCGCAGAACAGCUGCUGGCCUUGAACAAAUCAGAUCCUGGCCAGUGUGACCUCAAUCCAAACCCCAAGGUGAAGGCGAUCAUCGGAGCUCGGUACUCAGAGGUGUCGAUCAGCGUGGCUCGCUUUCUGAGCCUCUACAUGGUGCCACAGAUAAGUUCAAGCUCUUCUGCCGAAGCAUUGAGUGAUCGCCUGCGUUAUCCCUCCUUCCUCCGCACCAUUCCUAGCGAUCGCCACCAGACAAAAGCUUGGGCAAAAAUCAUGUCGUACUUUAAGUGGGAUUGGAUCGGUGUCAUUUAUGGAGAUGAUGAUUAUGGCAAAGAUGCUUUCCAAAGCUUCCUGGAUGAAGCUGGAAAAGAGAAUGUUUGCACUGCCUUUACAGAAACACUGCCUUAUUACCUAGAUUUCAAGAACAUUGACCGAUUGAUCCAAAAUGUGGUUCAAACCAUACAAGAUUCCAAUGCUAAAGUCAUAUUAGUCAUCUUAAGAGAAGAGGUGGUGUACAAACUCUUCACAGAGGUGAUCAAGCAGAAUAUAUCACGCACAUGGAUAGCCAGCGACGCUUGGUCUAUGUCAUACAAUAUCAGUCGCAUGAACAGCAUCAACAGCAUUGGGGACGUAUUUGGUUUCAGCUUUAUUACAGGCCCUAACCCUGGAUUUAAAGAAUAUCUGCAAAGUUUAACUAUCAUGCCAGGUACAGAGAAUAAGUUCAUAGACGAAUACCUGAAGUUCGGGAACGACAAAGACUAUUUAUUAAAAAUAGUGGAUAUUAGCCAGACUUAUGCUGAACGACUGGCUGUGCUAUCAAUUGCAUAUUCCCUGAAGAAGAUUUUAAAAUGUAACCAAACAACCUGUCCAGGGGAUAAAGAUUUUCCCCCAUACCAGCUUCUCAAUGAACUGAAACGGGUCAACUUUACUAUGCACAAUCACAUGUUCUACUACAACACAUCUGGAAAUUUUGUCAAUGGCUACGAUUUGGUGAACUGGGCACAAAACAGGUCGACUGGACAAAGAGAGUUUGUAGUUGUUGGAGCAUAUAAAUUGGAGCAAGAAAUUAUAGAAAUUAAUCAAUAUUUUCAGUGGUAUACUUCAAAUGACAAUAAGAUACCAAUUUCAAUAUGUUCUGAAGCCUGCCCUCCUGGCAAGGCGAAAAAACUUUUAAAGACAUCCUGCUGUCACGAGUGCAUAGACUGUUUGGAGGGAACUUACUCUAAUGAGACGAAUCUUCCGAAUUGUCUCCCGUGCCAAAAUGGGACAUGGUCGCUGAAAGGAUGGAGAAACUGUACCGCAAGAAGGAAGUCUACUGGACGGAAUGGGACCCGAGCUAUUGUUUUUCUAGUGUUCGACAUGGCAGGAUUUCUCUUUUUGUUCAUUAACCUGAUUAUAUACUUGGUGUUUCGUGAAAGUCCCGUCAUCAAACAGGCUGGAGGCUACAUUUAUCUUCUCAUUAUGGUAGGUUUAGCACUUAGCUACAGCAGCGUCAUAAUCUUUUUCGGGAAACCAAACGAUCAUAUGUGUAGGGCACGCCAGGUCCUAUAUGGCUUAGGCUUCACACUGACUGUCUCGUGUAUCCUGGUAAAAGCCCUGCGCACAUUUAUAGCCUUUCUUCCUCGAUACCAGCAGCAUAAUAUCAAGAAAUAUUACAAGCCCACUAUAAUUAUAUGCUGCGGCAUCUUUUUUCAAGUCCUUAUUUGCACAUUUUGGCUAGUUUUCGAUUCUCCUACUGUGGAGACGCGGACUUUCAAUGAUUCAAUGGAGAUCAUUGUGCAGUGUAUAGAAGGUUCCGGCCUGGGAUUUGGUUUCAUGCUUGGUUACAUUGCCCUGCUCGCACUUAUCUGCUUUUUACUGGCUUUUAAAGGGAGAAAAGUCCCAAUGCGCUUUAAUGAAACGGGUCAUAUUAUCCUGAGCAUGCUGAUCUACCUGUUUGUAUGGGUAUGCUUCACGCCAAUAUAUGUUGCAAAGAUCGUAGAGCGCUAUUCAAUUCAGGCCUCAGCUAUCUUGGUUUCAUCAUAUGGAAUCAUUUUCUGCCACUUUGCCCCCAAGUGGUACAUGGCCCUUUGCAAAAAGAAGGAUGAGGUCACCCCAGAAGCCUAUAUUGCACGAGCUUGCAUUUCCAGACCAUCAAAUGCCUCCAUUCUUACAACUUCUUCAGGAAUCGAGUCGCUUUCGUCAGAACCUGGACUUCAUUUCUCAGCUUCACAGACCGACAUGUGCUCCAAGGAUACCGGGAUUGACUGCAUUUGUAUUGUAGAGGCAAAUAAAUCCAGUAAAACUCACCCGAUUGUUCGAAAAAGGUUCCACAGGAGGUCUAUUUAGAAGACUACUAAACGAAUCUCUUCACCUAAAAGUAUUAUAAUUAAAAGAAUUGAACUUUCGAGAAGUUUUCUUCAUUCACAAGAUGUUUACAUAUUGCUGUAUUUGUCAACAUGGGCAGCACUGUUGCAAUUAUUAUUGCACUGACGAAAAAGUCUUUACUUUUGUCUUCACUUUGAUUUCUUUUUGAAAUUGUUUUUGUUAAUAUUCUUUUUUUAUAAGAAAAGAAAUGUCUUGUGUGGAUUGUGUUAUUUAUAAAUUGUUAUUUUUGU